AUGGCAGGAAGAGCGGAAGAUAUGUGUUCCUCUUGCUUCGAGAACACGAAAUAUACGUGUCUGAGGUGUAAGAAUUACUUUUGUAUGCGGUGUUCCGUAUUUGAAAAUGAUGAAAGUGUAGCGGGUUGGAAAGCAGGCAGUUCGGUAGCGUACUGCGAGUCAUGUUUUCAAGAGAAAAUGAUUCUUGAAGAAACCGAAGGCAAUGAUCACGAGGAGACCAGUGUGGGUCAGAAAAGCCAAGAGUCAAGCUUGAAUGUUAAGUCCACAAAGCCGCCCGCUAUGAAAAGGUAUGCUUCUCAGGUCAUUCUGAUAUUAUUUCUCUGAAAAGCCCCGAGGGGACGUGAAUUAAGUAAAGUAUGUAAGCUUAAGUAUUGAUAAUGUCCCUUCUUUUGUUCUAAACGGGCUACACACUCAAAUUAAAUUUGCUUGUUUGGUCAGUUUGAGCUAAUAAGCAAAUGCUAAGGUUUGCCAUGGAUAUCUCGGUCCUAAACUUUUUUUGUUUACUUUUUUACUGAAAGGUCAUGAGAAAAGACAUUUUUGAAGAAAAACAUGUGAUCAUUUCAGUUAACAUCAUUAUAUUCAUAAUUUCCUCUGCGGAGAUUGUAGGAAGCUUCAAAUAGUAAAAUUUGGUUGUCUAAUUUUCACCAACCCAGGUUAUGAAACAUAAUUAUAAUAAGCUGAUGAAGCUAAUAUCUAGGUUUGAAUGUUUGUCCUAUAGCAAAAACAUUGACGCAAAUGAGGAUGAAGAUGAUGUUACAAGUGAAGAGGGUGAUGACAAUGAAGAUGUGGACAAAGCUUUGUCACUAUUUGUAAAGAAAGGAAAGGCCAGGAAGGGCAAAAGACCUGGGCGAAGACCUCGAUGGUGCCCGAAAGUUCUUGAUGAUUUCAUUGACAUUGUUGUUAACAGCAAUGAGUUUAAAACCAAACUGAUUUUUACAAACACCAAGAAUCAGAGAAAUAGUCCAAUUUAUGCCAAAAUCUUGGAUGAGCUGAAAGGCAGGGCAUCAGCAAGAGGUGACAAGUUCAACAUGUCAAUUGCCCAGCUGAGGACCAAGUUCAAAAAGUGUGUCAGCCAGUGUAAACAAGCUGCACUAACUCAGAAAAUUGCAACAGGAAUAAAGAGGUACCAGGAAGACCAUGGGUUUGGAAGCUGGUUCAAUGCCUUGUUUGCAGUGGUUAAAACAAGGGAUUCCUGUCAGCCCGAACGUGCUUUAGAGCCAUCAUCAUCGUCCUCUCCAUGUACCCCUGGAAGUUCUCAUGAUGACCACCCUUCUGAUAAUGCUGGGGACGAAGAUGCCCUGUAUAUACCAAAAAGGUCUGCAAAGAAGGAGAAAUUUGCUUAA